UGCCGCCUGAGGCCCGGGACAGAGACGCUGCGUGGCUGUGGCUGCUGCUUCUGUUGAGAGAGAAGGACGGAAAGGAGCCCGGCCUGGAGAAACAAUUAUGGCAGACAUAAACCAUAUUUUGAAUUCAUCACAAACAUUCACAGAUGCAAGAAAAUCCUCCAGUUCUGAAGGGAAGAGCAUACCUGUUAGUAAAUCUGUGGAUUCUGUGAUAGAAGCAGAUGAGAGUUAUAGAAUGGACCAUCCAGAAAUGGGGCUGUGUAUUUUAGUCAACAAUAAAAACUUCCAUCCAGCUACUGGGAUGAGUUAUCGAUCUGGUACAGACAGAGAUGCCGCACACGUUGUAGACACUUUCAGGACCUUGGGAUAUAUGGUCAAGGCUUAUAACGAUCUUGCGUGCAAACAGAUUGUUGAUGUCCUUCGUAAUGUUUCCAAGGAUGAUCACCACAAGAGGAACAGUUUUGUCUGUGUCUUGUUAAGCCAUGGAGAAGAUGGGCUGAUCUAUGGUACAGAUGGCCCUCUGGAGCUGAAAAUGUUAACUAGUUUCUUCAGAGGAGACAGAUGCAAGUCUUUGGCAGGAAAGCCAAAGCUCUUCUUUAUUCAGGCUUGUAGAGGAACAGAACUUGAUUCUGGUAUUGAAACAGACAGCGGCCCUGAUGAAAGCAUGUGCCAGAAAAUACCUGUAGAAGCAGACUACCUGUACGCAUAUUCUACCGCUCCUGGCUACUACUCUUGGAGGAACUCAUCAGAAGGGUCUUGGUUCAUACAAUCCCUGUGUUUGAUGCUGAAACAAUAUUCCCAGAAGCUUGAACUUAUGCAGAUCCUAACACGUGUCAAUCGCAAAGUUACAGAAUUCACGUCUUGCUCCAAUCAACCAGACUUCCAUGGGAAGAAGCAAAUCCCUUGCAUUAUGUCUAUGCUCACAAAAGAUUUUUACUUUCCUCAUUAGAAAUUCCUCCCUUGUCAUACACAGACAGGCUAAAAAAGAGUUUUAGUUUUAACUCUGAGCUAGUAGUGUUCAAUUACAGGUGCCUCAGUUCCAUUAAACUAAAAUCUGUGGAGAGAAACAUUUCAAUCUCCAAAAUAGUUGGAUAACUUGAUAGUUCAGAAGCAUUGCUUUGGGAGAAGGAAACACUGUGGACUUUCAGCAGUUCUCUGACUAAGAGAAAUUAAAGGUUCAGGCCAAAUAAGUAAUUUAUUUAGACAGUAAGAAGUUAGUUAAUAAGGCACAUUCAGUGAGCCCUAUUAAACAGUCAGGAAAUCACUCGUGGUCUAUAGGUGUCCCUUUCCCCAAACCAACACUUGGAAACAAUCACAGCUGACGAUAAAGAGCAAUAACAUCGCAUUUUCAAAACAGCUUUCUUAAUUGGGUUAAUUCAAGAUUGAACUGUACUAUUUAUUUUGCAAUCGUGUGUUUAUGACAACGUGAACUUUUUCCGAAUCAGUGUAUUUAGGAUUGGAUUGUUAGCAUCAUUACAAAGAAACCAUGUUUAAAAUGGGAACAAGGAUUUAAUAGUUUGCUAAUAAAUAGCAAAUUCUAAAUAAAAUGCUUCCUUGCUUUGUGGAAACAUUUUGGCUACUUUAAUAUACCAUCUCUACUAAAUUUUGUAUCUCAGAGGUUUUUAAAAAAUCUUAAAUUUCAUAAAUGACAGAUGGUGCUUGGAACUUUGUUCCUAACUAGAUUCAAGGCCUAUCUGGCUUUGUAUCUUGCAAUUACAUUUCAGUUUAGGCAUUUGGGAUUGUGCAUGUACUUGUAGAAGUAGUAAUUUGUGCAUUGUUGAUCAAUGUGGUCUAGUUUGUGAUUCUUAGAUAGUAUUAAGUAGGUUUUUUUUUAUUUAUAUAGAGAUUGAGGCAUGUGGAAAAAUGCAACUCCCAUUUCCUGAUUUUGAUUUUGCAUGAAAAGUAUAAUGUUUAAAAAUAGAAAAGAAACGAAAGUGGAAGAGAAUCCCAACUCCGUAAUGUGUCAAAAUAUUUCGAACCCCCUUGAAGCAUGCUGAAUAAAACUAAGUUUAGGCUAUAUGUAUUAAAGAUCGUGAACUUCAUUUUCCACACGUUCUUGAAAUCCAUCUACAUCUCAAACAUUCCAAUUAAGGGACUGUCUAGGUUCUUAAAGACCUCUGGCAUAUUUGAUUCAAUUAUUGAACUUUUGUUGUUUACUUGUGUGGACUGCCAUUAAAUCCAGACAUGGAGUCCUUGAGAAGAUAUUGGACUGCAAUGGCCAGCAUAGUAAAUGGCAAUGAAAGUAGGAAACACCAUUCUGUAAAGCUGCAUGAUUCCCAUCAUGCCAUCAAACCACAGUCCCCCUAGGAGUGAGAAAAGUGGUAUAUAAAUACUGUAAAUAAAAUAAAUCCAUAUUGAACAUUUCAAGAAACGGAAGUCCAUAACAUCUAAUUGUUUGCCUUGAGGCACAAGACAACAAAUCUUUGUCCUCUUUGUGUUGUCGAAGGCUUUCAUGGCUGGAAUCACUGGGUUGCUAUGAGUUUUCCAGGCUGUAUGGCCAUGUUCUAGAAUCAUUCUCUCCUGACAUUUCACCUCCAUCCAUGGCAGGUAUCCUCAGAGGUUGAGGGGUCUGUUGGAAACUAAGCAAGUGAGGUUUAUAUAUCUGUGGAAUGUCCACGGUGGGAGAAAGAACUCUUGUCUGCUUGAAGAAAGUGAAUGUUGCAAAUGGCCACCUUGAUUAGCAUUUGAUUGCCUUGCAGCUUCAAAGCCUGCCUCAAGCACACAAGAGUUCUUUCCCCCAUCCUGGACCUUCCACAGAUAUAUAAGCUCCAGUUGCCUAGUUUCCAACAGACCCCUCAACCUCUGAGGAUGCCUGCUAUAGAUGUGGGCAAAACGUCAGGAGACAGUGCUUCUGGAACAUGGCCAUACAACCUGGAAAACUCAUCAACCUGUUUGUCCUCUUUUCCAUAAGGGGCCCUUCAUGGCAUUUGAAGACGUUUCUUGUCUCUUCCAGUCAUUUACAUUAAACAUACCCACUCCGAUUUCAAAAUUUUCUCCAAUGCCAUAGGCAUCAUAAUUGCAUUCAUCUGAACCCCAAUAUCUUUCUUGAAAUGGACACAUUCCAAAUGUAUAGUAUAAUUGUGUUAAUUUUGAAUUCCCAAACUAGUUGAGCUCCUGCAUGAUAGAAGUGUUUAAUCUGCCUUCUGAUCACUAUAAUAGUCAGGUAGCAAAUACCAACGAAAGGUGCAGUGCUAGUGAGUGUAGCAUUGAAGGAUCCAGCCUGAUCCCACAAAUGAGUUGUGGUCUGAUGAGCUGUAGCACAAUUACAUAUUGCACCACAACUAGCUUGAGGGAGUGUGCUUGUAUUACCUUUCAACACCUUUCUCACCAACGAUGCAGAAUUCCUUUGGUUUGUAUGGCUGCCUGGCUUUUAAGAAGGGUUGUUGCGUGGAACAUUUGAAAUCAUAACAGUAGCAAUUGUAAAUGAAUAGCAAGACUAGUUUAUGAUGUCAUAAUACAAAAUAAACCCAUUCCACGAAUGCUUGAAGGAACAGAUAAGGAGUUCUGCUGCGUACAGCUGGGCUACCUAUGUUUCUCAAUGGAUUGUGGCCAUUUAAGGACAGUACAGCCGUAAAUUCUUUACACAUAGGACAACCCUGUGGAAAAAGAGUUUCAAUGUACUCCAUUGUGUACUUGAAGUCAUAGUUUAACAGGGCAUGACAGAUUGAUCUUUCCAUUAUGCGUAAGACUUUGGUGCUGAUGGCCCAUAUCAGGACAUGGACUCCUUUUACUCAGUCUGCCAACCAACUCUUAUGCUGCCCCAGAUACACCUAGUUGGAGUGUAAAGCUGGAAGAACAAGAGUGUUCUAGCAACUGACAUAAUACAUGGUUAUUUAUAUAAUUAAGCAUAUAUGAAUAUAUAGUCAGCUGAAAAAUUAAGUACUUGAAAAUUUGGUCUAAGUCCAGUUGCUGGGCCCAAAAAUGUAUGUGUUUAAUUUACCAAGAUCCCAUUGAUCCAGUGGUUCUAGUGUACUCAUGGCUAAUUGGAUUUAGGCCUUACGCAUAUUUUCCUGUGUUCACAAAGAACAAUUUCAGGAUUCUAGGCUAUCACUGCAAUCAAAAUUCUCGAAGAAUGUCUUGGCGUAUUGAAUAUUAUUUCAUGUUCUGACCAGUUCAACUUUCAUAUAAGAAUAUCUAAUAAACCACAUUGUCUAUAAA